UAAUUAUUGUUUUGUUGUAGACAUGCUGAGUAGAAGUGGAUCAGCCCCCGACAACUCAACAAUUAACAGUACGGUGGUUGUGGGUGAUGGUGAACCACACAACUGCGUCGUUUCAGGUUGGUCACAGUGGUCCGAAUGCAGCGUUACUUGUGGUCAAGGAAUCAAAUCAAAGAAAAGAACUGUACUGAUUGAACCUAAAAAUGGAGGAAUCGGCUGCCCAUCCCUCCAGGUGAAGCGUAGAUGCCACAGACAUUGUCCAGGUUAUUCGUAUGCUUGAAAAUUUUGAUUUUGUGAUAAUAUCACAUCUUAAUCCUUUAGUACAAAUUGCAGCAAUGUCCUGUUACGUCUAAUCUUUGAAAUAAAAUUCAUUGAAUCCAUA